UUUUUUGUCAUGUAAAAUCUGGACUGCAGCAACGCCUCACGACUUCUCUUUUUUUUUUCUUCUCCCACAAUGCUGUGCGGUAGGGGUUGUCGUGUGUGCGCUGUUUAUGGUGCUGAAGCUGCGCGUGCCUCGGAGGUUGCUACCAUAGAAAUCAACCCGAGCAUCCUUCCGCCAGAGGACCAGAACAAGGAAUCUGUUUUUUCCACCUUUGGGAAAUUCAGGAUGUGUCUGCCAGCCUCUCUAGCCUUAUUUAUCUCUUUAUAACCGCACACAUCUUUACGUUUAUUUCCCAUCUGGUCUUCAAGCACAAGCCACAAGCCAGACUCGUUUCCGAAGCCGUUUUCUUGGCUGUUUUUCAAGGCUCGUCGUCUCUCCGGUGCCGCCGCCUGCCCAGCCGUCUUUGCCGCUCCAUCCCGCAUCCUUUAUGCACAGCACGCUGGUCCGGUCCUCCCCUACAAAACACACAUUCGUGUCCGAGCACCAUGGCCCGCUCCAGCCGUUUUCACUGAGAGACAUGGAUGCCAAACAGCACCCGAUAAAGAGCCUAAAAAGCUACCCGGAGACCGGCGGCCGGAGUCUGGCAGCGGCCGCCGGAGGUGACGGCGGCGGUUAUCGAGCCGCCUCGGCUGAAAUGGACAUGGAGGCGAAGAUCCAGAAAGCCAUCGACUUCAAGGCGGAGGGUCACCGCUGCUACAAGGAGAAGAAAUUUCGGGAAGCGAUCGGCAAGUAUCACCGGGCCCUGCUGCAACUCAAAGGGGUGCAUGUUGUCGACGGGACGACGGGCUCCGAGGUCAACCUGCUGAACCAAGCCGCGGCCAAGCUGACCGAGGAGCAGCGGAGAGCCGUGGAGAGCACCGAGAUCGAAUGCUACGACAGCCUGACAGCGUGUCUGUUGCAGUCAGAGCUGGUAAACUACGAGAGAGUGAAGGAGUACUGUCUGAAAGUGCUGAGCCACCAGAGAGACCACUUCAAGGCCAUGUACCGAGCCGGCAUCGCCUUCUAUCACCUGGGUGACUACGAAUGUGCCCUUCGCUACCUGCGUGAUGCCAAGAACCGUGAACCCACAGACACCAACGUGCUGCGGUACAUCCAGCUGACAGAGAUGAAGAUGAGCAAGAGUGGACAGCGGGAACGAGAGAGCGGCAAAGAGACCCAGGGCUAACCCUUCGACCCUUUCACCCUCCUGGCCCCUCGACCUUCGACCCGACGAGCAGUCCUAACAUCGACCCUCCCUCUCCAAACCUCCUCUGGCGACUCCUGACAGCAGCACAGCCCACAGACAGAAGAGACAGACCCAAUCACCCGGGGACACAUAUCAAACGCUGUCUGCAAACCAACCUCCUUUUUCCAUCUCUUCCCUCUUAUUCUCUCCCUUUUCUCCCUCAGGUGCUGUGGUUCCUCUCCCUAGACGCAGACAGUCGAGCAAACAUGGAAAAAAAAAACUACAAAAAACAAGGAAAAUUCUGUAUUAUACUCAUAUGAAACAGUCAAUGUGGUGGAAUGAAAAAGGAGCUUCAAAACAUACAUAUGAAAAAUGGACAUUUGCGUGGUUUAGUAAAUGUUUUAAAAAC